AUGGCUUUUUUUUUUUUUGUCAUUCCUAAUCUUUCCUUUUUUGAAGGACCUUGCAAAGGUGCUGCUAUUUUUAUUCACACCCCUCCACCUUUGUUCUUUUGUCAGUUUUCAUUCAUUUGUGCAUUUUCUUUCCUGUAUUCCUUCGAAAGAGAUUCUAUCAAAAUGUGCAUUUUUUUUAUAUUUUUUUUAAUACUUUCUUGCUUUCCUUCGUUUUUCUUUUUUCAUUUUCUUCUUUUUUUAAAAUUAGAAUUCGUUCUUCUUACAUUGUUUUUCUUUCUUUCUUUUUUCUUUCUUUCUUUUUUGUUUUCUUUAUUUUAUUUUUCUUUCUUUUCCCUUUUCUUUUAUUUCUUUUUUCUUUCUUUUUCAUUCGUUUUUCUUUCUUUUAAUUUUCUUUCUUUUUAUUCCUUUUCUUUCUUUCUUUCUUUUCUUUCUUUUCUUUCUUUCUUUCUUUCUUCUUUUUUCUUUUAUUCUUCUUUUUUCUUUUUCUUUCUUUCUAUUUUUCUUUAUUUUUUCAUUCUUUAUUUUUAUUUUUCCUUUCUUUAUUUUUCCUUUUGCGGUGUGUUUUCUACUUUAUUAAUCCCUUCUGUUCAUUCAUUCCUUUUCAUUCAUUCAUUUUCAUUCAUCAAUUAUUGUUUUUCAUUUAUUAUUUACUUAAUUUAUUUCUUUUAUUCUUUAUUUAUUUAUGUAAUUUUCAUUCAAUCAGUAUUUCUUUCUUUUUCAUCAUUCAUUUUUCAUUCAGGAAUACGUUCAAUUUUUUCUUAUUUUUCUUUAUUUUUCUUUUCAUUUUGUAUUUCCGUCUUUCUCAUUCCUUUAGUUUUUUCAUCAUUGAUUUUCUUUCAUGAUAAUUCAUUCUUUCUCUUUCAUUCUUUUUCAAUCUUUUCCUUUACUUUUUCCUCCACUUCUUUCCCUUCUUUCUUUUUUUCUUUCUUUCUUUCUUUCUUCCUUUCUUUCUUUCUUUCUUUCUUUCUUUCUUUCUUUCUUUCUUUCUUUCUUUCUUUCUUUCAUCCUUUUUUAUUCCUUUAG